AUGUCUCCACCCCGGCUCACUGGCGCCCUGCGCUCCUUCUCUACUGUCAGCAAGCAGGAAGACUUCUCUGAAGAAGUAUAUGAUCUGAAGACCAAGCGUCUGAAGAGGCAGGAGCUGUUCUCCAGAGAGGGCCUGACAUGGCAGAAGAUAGUCCAGUUCUUCACUCAGCACCUGGAGAAGGCAGAGCAGCAGGCUGCAGCACAGGAGCUGAAGAGCAUCCUACAGGCUGCCAAGCAGAUAGUGGGGACAGAGCAUGGCCAGGACACCAUUGAGAGUGCUGCUGUCUUCCUGUUUGAGACGUUCCACAACAAGGACCAUGUAGGUCACGAGGAGACGAGGGCCAUCAACCAGAUGUUCGGCCCCUUCCCCUCCUCGGCAGCCGACACCUCCUGUGCUGCUGUGUCCCAGGCUGUGGCCCCUCUGGGAGAGUCCCAGGUGGAGGAGUUUGUUCGUUCCCAGAGCUCCUGUCGCGCCCCUCAGCGCGGCUCGGCCUUCGGACGCAACAUCACCUUCUCCUAUGACUGCUACACCCUGGACCCCCAGGAGGCCCUGCCCUGGGUGGGGGACCSUGAAGACGAGACCCCUGGUGGAGGCCUGGACUUCCACAGCAUCUUCAACAACCAUCAAGGCCUCUGGGGUAAUGGGGGAGAGGCGGAUGGAGGCAGGCUAAGCCCGGGAGGGGCUCAGAGCCCUGGGGAUGGGACUAUCCUGAGGAGGGAGGUGGAGAAGUUCCUGAACGGAGGCAACAUGAUCUCCUCCAGCCCUGAGGAACUGUGCAUCUCCCUGUUUGAGAUGCUGGCCUCCACCAAGAGUGACGACGAGCUGCAGAACGAGCUGUUUGAGCUGCUGGGCCCAGAGGGAUUUGAGAUGAUCUCUGUUCUCCUCCAGAGAAGGUCUUCCAUCGUGGAUUCUCUCCUCUCCAUCCCUGCAGACAGGAUCAACUACCCACCAGAUGGUAGCCGUAAAGGAGGCGGAGGAGAGGGGAGCAGCAAGCCCACCUACGGCUGUCAGGUGACCAUCCAGUCGGGGAAGGAGAAAGAGAUGAUGAAGAUGCACCGGAGGGAGGAGAAGAGGGAGAGGAAGAGGGGGGAGAGAYGCUGGGAUGACACCGAAUCCUCUUCCGACCUCUACUUUGACCCCAAGGAGAUGAGAGCUCAGAGGUGA